AUGCUGCAGGACAAGGAGGGAAUCGCCCCGGAUCAGCAGAGAUUGAUUUUUGCUGGGAAGCAAUUGGAAGAUGGCACAACUCUUGCAGACUACAACAUCCAGAGAGAGUCGACACUUCAUCUGGUUCUGAGGCCUCGGAAUGGAAUGAUGAUCAAGGUCAAGACACUCAACAGGACUCUGACAAAUCGGUGUGGUUUCUCGUUGAGGCUUAUCUACUUAGGGAAGCAACUCGCUGAUGACAAGACUGCCCGGGAAUCCAACAUCGAGGAUGGUUCUGUUCUUCACCUUGUGCUUGCUCUGAGGGGUGGCACUUAG